UACAUAUAAAAAUCUCUUUCAGCUGUGCGCACAUGCGUUAAGUUGGUCGCCAAAAUGCAGAUAUUCGUGAAAACUCUCACCGGUAAAACAAUAACUCUUGAAGUUGAAUCAAGUGAUACUAUCGAUAAUGUUAAGGCCAAAAUACAAGACAAGGAAGGAAUUCCACCGGACCAGCAAAGGUUGAUAUUUGCUGGUAAGCAGCUUGAGGAUGGACGCACUUUGGCUGACUAUAAUAUUCAGAAAGAAUCAACUCUACAUCUGGUGUUGAGGCUUCGUGGUGGAAUCAUUGAACCAUCGUUGAUGGCUUUGGCAAGGAAAUACAAUCAGGACAAGAUGAUAUGCCGCAAGUGCUAUGCUCGGUUGCAUCCUCGUGCUGUGAACUGUCGCAAGAAGAAGUGCGGACACAGCAACCAGUUGAGGCCUAAAAAGAAGAUCAAGUAGAUGCUGAAUUCCUAUUGUUGCCGACUUGUAGUUGCUUGGAUUUUCUUAUAAAAGGAAAUUGUACUUUGAAUUUAUUGUUGGGUUUCCUGUUCUUUUUACCCUUGAAGAUUAAUUUACCUGUAUUUGGGGGGAAUAUGAAGAAUAUUUGCUAUUUUCAUAGUUCUUAAAGGUGCCCAACUCUUUAUCAA